AUGUCAGCCAUCAACUCACAUGAUAAUGGUGAAGAAUCUUACUCAAUGUAUCCUAAGACAUCUUCUCCACCGCUGCCAUCACAAGGCAGUAUGCAUUUCCCAGCUUAUCAGCCUCCAGUUCCGUUAUAUGCUUACCCCCAGGUUCCGUACAUGUAUGCAGGUCAAACUCCUGCAUACCCAUUCAAUAUGAUGAAUCAGAACCAGAUGAUGUAUCAAGGAGGAGCUGGUGGCAGCAUGCCGCAGCAGAACGGUAGCGUUGGUGCAAAGAAAAAAUGGAGCAACGAUGGAAACUCUGGGGGUUCCAAUACUAAUAUGACCUCCUCGAAGGUUCCUCAUUACCAUCAUCACCAGUCUAGCCCAAGCUAUCAUCCUGCCUCUGUAUCAUCCCACUCAAAUGUCAAUUCCCCGAUUAAUUCGACCGCCACUUUGACGUCUCGUGCUGAUCAAUACAAAUUUUUUGUUCCAAAGACUGGUCCAUCUGAGAUUUCAAUGCAGCUACCACUGUUUUUCAAUACAAAAGAAGAGGAUUACUCCAAGGCUAGAUCGAAGAGGCAUGCGUUGAGGUUACGUAUUUUGCAGAAUAGCAGCGAGAAAGAAGAAAACUACAAAUUCGCCAGCAAGCAAAAGGAGGAUCCUAAAAAUAUUGCAGAGGUGACAACUGCUAAAGACAACAUUGGAUCAGAAAUAUCGUCUCAUUCGAAAACUGGCACGUCUGCUUCUUUGAGCACUGCGACAUCUCAAGCAACUCUACCUGAGAUACCACCUGUUGCAAGUCCUCCCCCAGCAGCAUCUACCCCUAACUCCGUCAAAGUCACUUCUAAAUCAUGGUCAGCAGUGGCAUCCAAUGCGGUUUCAAGAACAAAGCAAGUAGCAGUCGUUAGUAGCCUUACAGAAUCAACUUGUUCCUCGCCAACUCAAUCCCAAUUGUUGUCACAGCAACAGUCGCGUGUGCCUCAAAGAAAAGAAGGUGAUUAUAUUCCACCAUCAACUAAAGGAGCAGAACCGUUAGGAUCCAUUGCAUUGAGGAUGUGUUAUGAUCCUGAUUUUAUUGAUUAUACAUUGAAGAGUCCAGCAUUCGAGAAAAAUAUCUCUAUUAAAUCCGUCGUACCACGAGGCAUUGUUAACAGAGCAAAUGUAUGCUUUAUGAGCUCUGUCCUCCAAGUUCUUUUGUAUUGCAGACCUUUUGUUGAUAUAUUAAACGUUGUAGGUACUAGAAAUCCCAACACAAGAGUAGGUAUUGCACAGUGCAAAUUAUUAGAUGCCUGCAUCAACAUUUAUAAGAAAUUUGGCAAAGAUUCUUUUGAAAAUGAAAAAAAGAUUUCCCAAAAAGCUAAAUCAUUGCAGCAACACCAACAAGCGCAAGAUCAACAACAAGAUCAGUCUCAUCAAACAUCUGUAAUAGCAACAGCUGCGGAUGCCAUUAAUCCUGAUGAGUUCUAUGGAUCUCUUUCAACCAUACCUAAAUUUAAAGAUCUCAAGUGGGGCCAUCAAGAAGAUGCGGAAGAAUUUUUGACUCAUUUGUUAGAUCAACUGCAUGAGGAAUUUAUUUCUUCCAUCGAUUCACUAACGGAUAAUGAAAUUCAAAAUCUUUUAAAAAGCAUCAAUGAUGACCAGCUUAGAAUUUUCUUUAUUAGAAAUUUACCAAGCUAUAAAAAAGCAGAGUUCAACAAGAAUACAUCAACUCAAUUGAAAGAGCUGCUUGCAAAAUAUGACACCAUUACAGAAAGUGAUAAAGAAAAUGGCUGGCACGAAGUUAGUGGAAGCAGUCGAAGAGGCAAAAAGACGAAAUCUGCUGCCAAAAGAACAGUUGAAAUGGAAGCAUCUCCAAUGUCCUGUCUUUUCGGAGGGCAAUUUCGCUCUGUUUUAGAUAUCCCAAAUAACAAAGAGUCUCAGUCAAUCACGCUAGACCCCUUCCAGACAAUUCAGCUAGAUAUCUCUGAUAAAUCUAUCAACGACCUAGAGACGGCUUUCAAAAAAUUCAGCGAAUUUGAGUUUCUUCCAUUUAAAUCUUCCUCAGGUGAUGACGUUGAAGCUAAAAAGCAAACUUUCAUUGACAAACUUCCUCAAGUAUUACUUAUCCAAUUAAAGAGGUUCCAAUUCAUCAACAAUACGGAUAAAAACAACAGCAUGGUCAACUACAAUGCAUACAAUGGUCGUAUUGAAAAAAUUUGUAAAAAAAUCAAUUAUGAUCAUGAACUUAUAAUACCGACAGAAUCGAUCUCAUCGUUUACUUCACAAGGAGAGCAAGAUAGAAGGUACACGUUAACAGGUGUCAUAUACCAUCACGGUUUGAGUUCAGAUGGUGGUCAUUACACUGCAGAUGUGUACAAUAAGGAGGUUGACAAAUGGUAUAGGAUAGACGAUGUUAACAUUAUAGAAUUAAAUAAGACAGAUGUCUUAAAAGGUGGUGAAGAGGGUGCCGAUUCUAGAACGGCAUAUAUUUUAAUGUAUCAGAAAAGCUAA